GCAACAGAGAGAGAGAGAGAGAGAGAGAGAGAGAGAGAGAGAGAGAGAGAGCCGUGCGUUUGGUCAGCAUGGGAUGCGGAUGUGUGAGGGCGGUUGGCAAGCCGCCUGACGGCGAAAAGCCUAAGAGCGCGGAUCAUAGCGACGAGACGAAGAUGAAGAGCGAUGGCGCCAAGGGUCACGUAGUUGACGGGGCGAAGAAGGAGACAGGGGACAAAGGGGGUGGAGGAGCUGGAGGAGAGGUGGCAGGCAAGGCGAAAGGUGGUGAUACCAAUCAUCACGGUGUAGCAGAUCAGGGAGGAAAGAUGAGCGAGAUGAAGAGCCACGGAGAGCUUGCGGGAGCAGGGACAACACAGGAGAAGGCGAAGGCGAUAGGUGAAGACCAAAAAGGAGUAGAGGCGAAGAGCAUGGCAAAAGGCCAUGGCGACCACCACGGAAGCGGAGCGCACGUGAAAGAGGAGACGAGCAAGACGAAAGUUGAUGGUGGCCAUCACGGGGAAGUGGCUGGUGGGAAGAAAGAGAAGAGCGACGGGAAAGAUGGCGGGAAGGAGGCGACCAAGGCGGAAGAUGGCGGGAAGGAGACGACCAAAGCGAAAGAUGGCGGGAAGGGGACGAAGGAGACGAACAAGGCGAAAGAUGACAAGACGCACAAGAAGGGUGGUGAGGAGGAUCACGCCAGCGGCGUGGGCUCGAACCAGGACAGAGAAAGGGGAGGACAUGGACACGGGAAAAUGGUGACGGGGGAGAAGGACCCCAAGCAUGAGCAUGUAAUGGCCAUGGCGAAGGCCCCAAGGGCUGAGGACGAAGAGGUGAUGACGGUGGUGGUUUUGGGAGGCCCAGGUUGUGGCAAAGGCACGCAGUGCGAGUACAUGGUUCACGACUUCGAUUUCCACCAUCUCUCGGUUGGGGAUUUGCUGCGGGACGAGGUGCAAAGGGGCACAGACAUCGGGAAGUCUUGCGACACGAUCAUGAAGGAGGGCAAGCUAGUGCCCACGGAGAUGUCCCUAAACUUGCUCCGCGCAGCCAUGAAGAGAUCCCCUAGCAAAAGGUUUUUGAUUGACGGCUUUCCCCGCUCGAUCGAGCAAGCUGAAGCUCUCGAGAGUACCAUCCAACCGCCGACGUUGAUCUUGUUCUUCGACUGCAGUUUGCAGACCAUGGAGACUCGACUUAUGAAUCGCGCCAAGACCAGUGGAAGGGGGGAUGACAACCCUGAGACCAUACAGAAACGUCUUCAGACCUUCUUGGAUGCCACCCGACCAGUUGCCGAUCACUAUGCCAAGGUGUCUCCUCAGAGGUUCAAGAAGAUCUCGGCCGAGCUAGAGCCUCAGACGGUGUACAAGGACGUCGUCAAAGCGCUGAAUUCCGUCAAUCUGUUCGCUUAUGGUGUGAUCCAGAAGCCGGGGACGCAGAACACUGUGAUCUUUGUGCUGGGAGGGCCCGGGUCCGGAAAGGGCAUGCAGUGCUCCAACGUGAAAAAGGUGUUCAAGUUCGUGCAUUUGUCGGUUGGCGAUCUGCUGAGGGAUGAAGUCAGAAAAGGGACGCCGACGGGGCUGUCAGUUGACAAGACGAUGAAGGAAGGGGAACUGGUACCGACGGACGUGGCGUUGCACCUGCUGCAGACAGCGAUGGAGCGCAGCUCGGCCAAACGGUUCUUGAUCGAUGGGUUCCCGCGAACGCUAGAUCAGGCGCACCUCUAUGAGGCAAGGAUAGGCCUGCCGACGUACGUGUUGUACUUCGAAAGCCCGGUGGAAAUACUAGAAGCGAGGCUGUUGAAGAGGGCCGAAACAGGCAGCAGGAAAGACGAUAACGUGGAAACAAUCAAGCAUCGGCUUGAGACGUUCAUGCAUUCCUUGAGCCCAGUCAUCAAUUAUUACCGAGAGAAGCAUCCUGGCAUCCUCAAGGUCAUAUCAUCAGUGCCCAGUGCAGAUGAAGUGUUCGCAGAAGUUCAGGCUGUGCUCAUGAGCUUGAUAGGUGCAUGAAAUCAACCAACCCAUUAAGCAAUCAAGCACCCAAUCGAUC